UUUCCGAAAUUAAGAGACCAGACAGCACUAAGAGCUCAUAAAAGCAAUAAGGACGCAAUGACAGUGUCACAGGAAUACCGUUCUGAAGGAUGAUUGGAAGACACCUGACGAUUCUGACAAACGUGUAACCAGCAUGGAAUAUACUCGUGCAUCUACAGUAUGUUUUUUAUGCGUACAUGCAUCUGUGGAAUGUGACUCGGUCUUUGUUGCAUGCUAGCGACUGUCUGUGUGAGUUAUUCAAGUCUGUGAUGUAAGCCAGCAUCAAUGGCGGAGCUGAAUCCUGUCUCAAGCGCUCAUGUCUUGCUGGAAUCUAUGCUUCAAAAAUUACGGCUUAACACUCAAAGCAACAACGGCUCACAGACUGAUAUCCAAACAAGCAGUUCGCCUGUAGAGUUUAAUGCUGUAACAGGGGAGGAUUCAUCUGAAGUUUAUCAGUUUGGAUGUCCAUCCAACAACAGCGGAGAGCAAGACAGACGCUCCUCCAUUUGGAAUAAUGCGGGCCUGCGGAAUGAGAGUCCGUGGAGUCACCAGUCAUUUCCUUUUGGGGGCACAUCAACACCAAAUUCAAAUAAUCCAUUCAGAAAGAUCAGGAAACAUGUAUUUUCUCCUAAACCUAAACGGACACCAUUAUGGAGGGGACCCAAUAACUUUACCCCGGAGAGGGACAAUGAUGUCAUUUCCUGGGCUGGACAGGAUGGGACGUCCAGACUGGAGAAGUAUAUCCAAAUUUCUGUGGAAGGGGAAAACAGGGAUGUGCUGGACUCAGGCGUGCCACCUUUAUUCACAACAGAACCGUACCAAAAGCCACCUGACCUUCUAGCCCAGACAGUACCAACAUCUACUUCAGUGUUGGAAACACCAGAGGUCAGGGGUCAAAGUGGCACAUGGAGCUGGGGUGUCGGGACAGAUUAUGGAAAAACAACAAAGACGAGUAAAAAGAAGUGGGGCGAGGCUAAACGGUGGGCCAAGAAGGUGAAGGAGCAAUGGAGAGAGAAACACAGAGGCACAGAGAAUGAACCAGGAUAUGAUGGAGAAACACAAGAGAUGAACGAAGAAGUGCAAAGUAAUCUUUCUCCAUUACCUGGACCCAUUGAUGUAAACAACACAAGUACAGAACUUGUUUACACUUCAUAUAUUCACAAUGAACCAAUCGACACAGGACUGGAUGAAGCUGGCACUAGUUCACUAACCUUCAUGAGUGAAAAUCUAUUCACCCUUAGAACUUCUAAUUUAAUGGAAGAGAUCUUCAGUGGAACGGAGUGGGCUCAGUUUCUCUCAGUUAACACCACCACACAGGACCAAUCAAAUGACUCACCAAGUAUUAAUAACCAAUCAGGUGAAGAAGAAUGGACUGGCAAAUGGACACAUACAGACAUAACAAAUUCACAUUUGGGUAUGACUCAAGAGCAGAUGUCUCUCCCUGACAGCUCUACACAAGACAUGGCUGUCGAUCAACCCGUCUAUAGGCGACAUGGCAUAUCGCAGAUUGUUACAGAACUUACAAAUCAAUUACAAACUUCUGAUAUGUGUACAAACCAGUUACAAUAUGUCGAUCUGAGCCUCAACGAGACUCACAACAGCCAGAAAAUGAACGAACAAUCACAAUUUUCUCACCAACCCUCAAAUGAAUCUGAGAAUAGCGUUCCCAGUUAUUCCCAACCACAAGUGUCUGACCUCAGCCGUGAGCAGUCUCAAGAUGGGAAAGAAGGUUUCAUACCUCUCUUGGAUCUUUCAUAUCUUAAGCCGGUGGACAGUUCCUCCACGAGCACACAAGGAUCUCUGCGGCGUAAAAGGGAGCACUGGACUAGAAGAAGGGAACCGUCUGAAGACACAGGACAAGAUAUGGAGGAUGAGAACCACAGGAGCUCUUAUAUGUCUACACACUCUUCAAACUCCACCUGCAGCAUCUCACCCACAUCUUAUCUCAACUCCUACCAGAACUCUGAAGACAUAGAGUCGUCCUUUUCUAUGGAGACGGCAGUUAAAAAGAGGAGGAUGGAAAAUUCCCGUCAUGUUCGAUUCGCUGAAGAGGUGGUCAUCCUACCACCCACCAUCUGGCCCGAGGAGGAGGAGGAAGAGGAGGAAAAUGAGGAGGUGGUGGAAAAAGAGGAGGAUUGGCAGGAGGAUCCUGCGCCCCGCUCCUCUUUCCCAAAGUGGAUCGGCUCUAUAAAAGGUUUUAAGAGGACAAAGUACAAAUUUUAA